CUGCAGUCACAAUCAAGCAUCAACGCUACCUCUCAGACAUUACAUCCUUUCACGAAUCUACUCCAAACACUCCAUAUCCAUCAUGCGUUCCGCUGCAGCUAUUCUCGUCGCCACCACGGCAUUCCUCACUGCACCAGCGGUAGCUCUGUUCGACUGCAACGCCGAUCAACACGCCUUCCCAGUCACACCCGGAAAAUUCGUCGUCCACUACACCUCUAUCCGGGACUCUAACUACGACGACGAUGCAUGGAUCCGCAUCUGCAAGCCCAACGCCCAGAACAAAUGGGACAACGUCCAUCCACUCGGCACCCAAUGCGGCGCCGGGCAUCCCGUCACUUUCUCCACAUCGCAGACCUCGCUCAACCACGCUUUCAAGGUGACGAAUGGGAACGGAUGCGAUUGGUUCAGUAGCAAUCUUGAUGAUGCGGCGAUGGAUUAUAAUGGGCAGCAUAGGGAUUUGGGGGCGGAUCCGGCUGCGGGUUGCGGGAAGAGGGAUCAUGGGAUUAGUUGUGAGUUUGAUUUGUAGGAUCAUGAGUGGUGAGCUGCGUUUGAAGUUUUUUGGGGUAGAUGCGAUCGUCAUUCGUUUAAAAGAUUGCUAUUUCAGUAGGUAGGUGGAAGGAUUGGGGAGGGUAGUUCUUAACACGCUAUUUUAC